ACAGACAGACAUACGGAACGGUUGUUUGUUGUAUCAUAUAUAUCUAAGUAAAAUUGUUAUAGUGUUUUUGGUGGUAAAAGAAACAGAGGAUAAACGCAUUCUUCUCCUAAAGUUUGAGUAGGCGGAAGCACGUCGCGAAAAGUGUCUCAUAAGGAAAAAACCGACUUCGAGAAUGGAAUCACAUGAGAAAAUUGUAAAGACCACGGGGCCAGUGUCCACUGACCUCGGGAAUGUGAACUUGGAACACACGGAUGAAUGUGUUGAAGUAAAUGGCGGGAUCAAAGUGAGCACUUUGAAAGACUUGGAUGAUCUCUUCCCUUAUAUCGGAGGCUUCGGAUGGUACCAGCGUUUACUUUUCAUCCUGAUGAUACCGUAUUCCUUCUUCUUCGCCUUCGUGUACUUCUCUCAGAUAUUCAUGACAGUCGUGCCUUCAGAACAUUGGUGUUACGUGCCGGAGUUGGAAAAUAUGACAGUGGAUGAACGUCGUCACCUGUCUAUUCCCAUAUCAAACGAUGGCUACGAAAGGUGCCUUGUUUAUGACGUAGACUGGGCACAAAUCUUACAAGAUGGCGUCACUACACCGAACAUAGAAUGGCCGACGAAGCAAUGCAAUAAUGGUUGGGAAUUCAAUUUCACUGAUAUACCGUAUGAAACUAUUGCUACUCAGUUAGGGUGGGUGUGCGACAGAGACAACUAUCCGGCUACAUCUCAGUCUGUCUUCUUCUGUGGUUCUAUAGUCGGAGGGUUGAUAUUCGGAUGGAUUGCAGACAAAUAUGGCAGAGUACCAGCACUUUUAGGAACAAACAUGGCUGGCUUCUUGGCCGGUGUGGGGACUGCAUUCGCCGACAGUUUCUGGUCGUUCUGCGUGUGCCGGUUCCUCGUGGGGCUGGCGUAUGAUAACUGCUUCGUCAUCAUGUACAUCAUAGUGUUGGAGUAUGUUGGCCCAAAGUGGCGAACGUUUGUAGCCAACAUGUCAAUAGCUGUAUACUUCACUCUGGCCGCCUGUCUCCUACCCUGGAUAGCUCUAGGAGUGGCCAAUUGGAAGACCUACACUUUAAUAACCAGUGUACCUAUAGGUUUAUCUAUAUUAACACCUUGGGUGGUCCCGGAGAGUGCCAGAUGGCUGAUAUCGCAAGGUCGCAUAGAGAAAGCAAUGCAAAUCCUCAAAAAAGUGGAAAGAGUCAACAGGAAGAAAAUCCCUACAGCGAUUGCAAUGGAGUUCAAGGAAACUGCACUGGCUAUAGCCAAGGCCGACGAGGAAGCCAAAAGUUACUCGUUCUUGGAUCUCUUCAAGAGUCCCCGACUCCGACGCCACAGUGUCCUGCUGCUCUUCAUAUGGAUAUCAAUAGCUAUGGUUUUCGAUGGCCACGUCAGGAACGUUGGAUCUCUGGGUCUGGAUGUAUUUCUGACGUUUACGAUUGCUACCGCCACGGAAUUUCCAGCUGAUGUACUUUUGAUAUUAACGCUUGAUAUAGCUGGUCGUCGGUGGGUUGCAUUCGGCUCCAUGAUGACCAGUGGAAUCUUCAGUCUACUAGCAACCACGGUACCUGUUGGUAUGCCAUCAGCAUCACUGGCCAUUAUUGGUCGUUUCGCUGUCAACAUAUCAUACAAUAUCGGCAUGCAGUAUGCAGCAGAAUUAUUGCCUACCGUCGUCAGAGCACAAGGGUUAUGUCUCAUCCACAUUGCAGGCUACAUUGCGACUGUUCUUGUGCCUUAUAUUGUGUAUUUAGCCACAAUAAACACAAUCAUACCAUUACUAAUCCUGGGUGUGCUGGGCAUCUUCGGUGGAUCCCUCUGCCUGUUCCUGCCGGAGUCAACCGGGAAGCCGAUGCCACAGACCAUCGAAGAUGGAGAGGAAUUUGGCAAAGGGCAAAAGUUCUGGGAAAUGCCGUGUUUUGAAAAGUAAA